AUGGAACGGGAGUUCCCGACCUCCUCCUUCACCCGCGCGGCGCGGCGGCACACGGGGUGCCUCUCGCUGCUCUGCGUGGUGGGCGUGGCGCUGCUGCUGACGCUGGGCAUCAUGCUGGGCAUCGAGGUGGUGCAGAACGCCCCAGACGGGCCGCCGGCGCCCCCGGCGCCGCCCCCCUCGCCGGUGCCCACGUACCUGGCGGCCUGCAGCGCCCACGAGGGCUGCGCCUCGCUGCAAGGGGACUGCUGCCCCACGGCAAAAGGCGUGCUGCUGCAGUGCUGCAGCAGCAUUGCAUCCAAUGCGUCGAUCACGCCCUUCCACGGCAUGUGCUACGCGCCCACGCCGGCAAAGAACGUCACCCACUUCUUCACUGACGACUACAUGGCUGCCUGGGCCGAGCCGCUGUGGAAGGGCCGGGACGACCUCGGGGCCAUCCGGGCGCUGAACGUGGGCGCCCUGCGGCUCUACGGCAACGACCCCCGCCUGGACCACGAGGAGUUCCUGAACCGCGCCUACGAGCUCGGGCUCGGCGUCAUCGUAGCCAUCUCAGACUACCCCUACACGCAGGACCCAAAGGGGAAGUGCGCCACCCAGCCGCCCUACGACUGCUUCUCGGAAGUGAGGGCGCAGUACAGCUCGAUGCUGAAGAAGGGCUUCGCGGUGAAGAGCGGCGUUUCCCGACGUUUCCACGCGGCCAUCAAGGCGGUGAUUUUGAUCAACGAGCCGGAGCUGAAGAUCACCUACCAGGGCCAGAUCGCCAAGGAGGCCUGGAGCGAAGGGUACUACGCCAAGGCUCUGCUCAGUGCAGUCGACGGUGCUUUGAGCGCGGAGAAGGACCUCCGCAUCACGGGGCCCAAGCCGCCCUUCACCAUCGUGCACUCUUUCGCGACCUGCGAGCUGUGCAAGUCCAACGCGGCAGGCAAUCGUGCUGGAAAGGGCCAGACCGUGGGGACGUACCCGGCCCUGGGCUUCAUGUACGACUUCGUGGUGGGAGCCCUGUCUCCGGGUUUGUACGGCUACACCCCGCGGAAUGAUUUGCGAAGCGCGCUACAGCAGAGGGUGAUGUUGGGCUUCAACACUCAGGACACCACCGAUGUGAUCUGCUCGCACCUGCUGAGCCCGCUGCAGCAGACCCCGCUGGCCGGGCUGCCCGUCUGGGCCGGCGAGUACAAGGCGUGGUACCAGUCUCUCUCGGAUAGCAAGAUGAGCGACUUCGAGGAGGACUUCAAGAAGAUCAGCAGCUGGGUGGGCGCUUCUUCCUGCGCCGGUGCCGGCGCCAGACUGGAAGGCGUGUCUUUGUUCGAGUUCCAAGUGUCCUACUUCAAAGGCUCCGAGGACCAUCAGAUGGACUUCGGCGUCUACGAGCUGGGCAGCAAGAAGAUCGGCAGCACGGUGAAGGAUGAGGCCACCAACUGGGAAACCUACCCCGUGUGGUGCCGCCGCGCCCGGCGCAACGCCGAGGGCCAGUCCUGGGUGGACGCCAUCGCUCGCGUGCUUGGGGGCAAGGCCAAGGACUCGUCUUGCCCCGCGGAGCUGGAUGAGCCGGAGCUGGUCGCGCGCUUGCAGAGGACCAUGUUCAAUGCUCAACGUUCCGUGUCGGACAGGUUGGGUCUUGACCGGGAAGUUGGGCGCCUGAAUUGGAGAGCCCUGGAAGCUCGGGAGUUUGCGGUCAUGCCGAUCGGCAACCCCUACUGCUGGAUCGCGGGCUUCUCCUACGAGCUGUGCUGCACUGGCCCAGGUGGGAAUCCGGCCUGCUGGGACGGUCACUUCACCUUCGAGCUUUGCUGCCACGAAAACGAAGGCGCUGAGACGAAGGCGCGAAGCGCGGCUGUGGCGCGCUACGUGCUGGAGAGUUCGGAGGAGUUGGAGCGAGUGGGGCUGUUCCGAGACUACGUGCCCCACAAGGACUGCUGGGAGCCGCCAAACUACACCUUCGAGUUUUGCUGUGACCUCAAGCAAGGCUUGCGGGGCCGCAGCGUGUGCUGGGACGGCUGGCGCCUGACCUUUGAGCGCUGCUGCUUCCGGGGGCUGAAAGGCGAAGAAGGCGAAGGUCUGGAAGGAGGCGACGAUCUUCCGGAGGCGCCCGACCUCCAGGCGGAGGAGUUAAUGCCGCUGGGCGCUGAGUGUUGGAAGGAAGGCUACAGCUACCGGGCCUGCUGUCGAGUCGAGGGAGCCGAGGAGCCCCAGAGCUGCUGGGAUGCCCUGCAUACUGAACUCCGCUGCUGCCAAGGUUUGGCGGCGCCUGCGCAGCGCUGGCGCCCAGUGCCCAAAAGCUCCAAGGCGGCGCAGUGCCUCGACGCGGUGCACGGGAGGCCACUGGACCUCGGUGUGAAGAGUUGUGGGUCGGGGCGGUACUUCCACCUGGCCACCCUGGGGAAGUUGCGGCUCAGGAAGGACUUCUGGGCCACGGCCGUGCCGUGGUUCCUGGCGCCGCGCUUCAACACCUCCGCCUGGGCGAGGCACGUGGCGAGCUUCGGGCCGACCGGCGUGCACGAGCACCAGGUGGUGGGCGGGCUGUGCCUGCCCAGCUUCUGCGAGCCAGAGACGGUGGGCGCCUAUGUGGCGCCGCGAGUGAACCCCUGGUGGCGCUUCCCUCGGGCGCGGGCUCUUCCGCUGAACGCCAGCCACGUGCUGCUGCCGCCGCCGCUCGCGCGGCCGCAGCAGCUCAUCAGAAGCCACGGGUUUCUGCCGAUGUGGGUCUCAAAAAGCUCGUGCCUGGCGUUGGUCAACAACUCCUUCUGCGACGAGUUCUGGCAGUUCGCGGUCUCGGAGCGGCGGCGCUUCGCCUGGGACGUGCCUGUUGCGCUGGCGCUGGUGCUGCUGGUGGUGCGCCUGAAAAUCCCCGCGAGUUGGGCGCAGAGGCCUUCCGGAAGCCGACCUGACGCGCUGCGCGUGCUUCUGACGGCGGCGGCAGUUUGGACUCACACCUUCAGCCACGGCAGCUGGCUACCAGCGGAGCGGAAGCAGCUGGGCGCCUGGUUCUUCUCCAAGGACUUGACCUACAAGGUCAACAUUGGCUUCGUAGUUCUCAGCACUCACCUGCGCCUGCGGGAGCCUUCGAGGUGUGUCGGCUUGGCCAUCGGGAGGCGCUGGCUACAACUCGGCCCGGCGCUGGGCUUUUGGACCUUGAUCUACCUCUACGUCUUCGUGGACUGCAUCCCCAUGAACAAUGCCGUGAAAAGUAGCGGCCUCCAUCGCUGGUACUCCGAGCGGCGCUCGGAGUGCCAAGUGCCAGAGCAUCUCGUCUGGUCACUGCUGUUGCUCCAUGAGCCGAUCACCGGGAGGAACUCGCCUUGCCACAACUCAGACAUCUUCGAGACCCAGUUCUGGCUGGAUGCGGUGGUGGUGCUGCUCCGGGCGGGGCCGAGCUCCUGGCUGGCGAUGCCACUGUGGCACGUGGCGCUGUACUGGCGGUUCCUCGCCAUAGCGGAGGAGGGCCACGAGUGGGCUUUUGCGUAUUCCCAUGGCUUCCGGAUGCUGCUGCCACCGGCUUUCCUGACCAUGGCCCUGUGGCCGGUUGUCUUCACCAGGAUGCGAGACCUCGGCGCGGUUCUCGGCGUGCUGGUGGAUCUGCUGGGUUUCGUGCUGGUGGCCCUCUCCUGCGUCCAGGACCUGCUGGCCUUCGGGCCCACCGGCUCCGUGCCGCUCCGCCCCUGGCGCCAAGCGGCGGCCUUUCAGGUCUCCGAGCUGCUCUUCGUCUUGGGCUUGCUGCUGCUCCUACGCCGCGAUGGCUCCACCUGGCCCUGGACAUCCCGCCUGUCUCAACUGAGUUUGGGCAUCAACCUCUCCAACCUCUUCGUCUUCCACUUCCUGGGCGGAUUCCUUUUGGAAGAGCCGCCGGGCCUCUUAGCACGCGCGGAGCGAGCGAAGGUCAUAUAG